GUUUCAGUUGUUCCGCAGUUUACUUUCGUUUUCGCACUUACACGUCAAAAUGGCCGGACAGCGGGAUAAGCUGGCGAGUUUUUCGGACGAGCAGAUGCCUUCUAUGUCGCUAAUGAGCCUUUCCGAUGAGCUCACCUGCUCAAUCUGUCUGAGCAUUUUCGACAACCCGGUGACCACACCAUGCGGCCACAACUUUUGCCUGAGCUGCCUGGAAAUGACCUGGGUGGCCACCCAGCUGGUGGAAUUGGGCUUUGACUGUCCUCAGUGUCGCCAGCACUACCAGACCAAGCCCGACUUGAAGAAGAACACGGUGCUGUGUAGUGUCGUGGAGACCUUCUACAAAUCGACGAAGGGCCACUCGGCCUCUACCACCCCUUCAUCCAUGGCACCGCGCGUGGAUCCCGUGUCCACUCCCAAGCCGGUCCUCUGCGACACUUGCAUGGUGCAGCGAGCCGCCAAGACGUGUCUCACUUGCAUGGCUUCGUAUUGCGAGAGCCACAUUGUGCCGCACCGGGAGAGCCCUGCCUUUCUGGGCCACCAGCUCACGGAGCCACUGACGGACUUGAAGGACAGGAUUUGUCAACAGCACUACAAGAACAUGGAGUUCUUCUGUAAGGACCACUGCUGCUGCAUCUGUAGCCACUGCCUGCCCAGCCACAAAACCUGCAAUUUCGAGACAAUGGAAAUGGCGAGGGCCGAGAAGGAGAGGGAAUUCAGGAACAUUAUAGUCUUGCUGAAUGCUCAUUCAGAAAAGUUCAGCAGUGUAAUUUCUGAAAUGAAUAGCCUGGAAAAGAGCAUUAAAGAUUGUGCUGAUAAGAAAAAGUCUGCAAUUAAAGCAGAGUUCAGGUCGAUUAAGGACAUCCUGGAGAAGGAAGAGAACAUCGCACUACAUGUGGUGGACAAAGAGGAAAUUGGAGCUCAUAACAGGUUAAGAAGUCUAAUGCAGAAAAUGAGUAACAGCUACGAGAGCCUGAACAAUUACAAAGCAGUUGUUGAGAAUGUGCUGCAACAGACGGAGAAUAUUUCCUUUUUGCAGACCAAGGCUGACCUGCCUGAAGCAAUGAAGAUCUCCCCAUAUGCUCCCAAGAUUAAUAUCGAUUCAAAACCGCUACUCAUGCAAAUGUCUACUGCUGCAGCCCUCCGUAAUUUUCUCUCUCAAUUGAUGAGCCAACCUUUGGAGAAAAGAGGCCAACUACUGACAUCAGCUUUCAAGGAGCCACCUGCAUUGAAUGUGUCUGAGCCGAGUGGUAACCUGCCAGUGCAACUCCCCAUCGUCUUUCAGCCUCCAUUAAGCUUUGGACCCAUACUGUCUUUUCCACCACAGCCACUUGUGUCACCAGGGAAGACUCACCCUGAUGCUCAUAAGAAACCAGCGCAAACUAAACAGAAACAAAGAAAAAAUCCAGAUCAGAAACCGGCUGAACCAAAAGAAGCCAAAAAAAGUGCAUCUGCUAAGAAACAGCCCCCGAAAGAGCCAGUGUGUGCCCCGAGUUCAGAACUACCAAAAGGAUGCCCACCCACAACAAGACAUGAGCUCCUUCAGUAUUCUUCUACUCUUACACUGGAUUUUAAAACCGCACAUCGGAGGAUCAGCCUUUCAGAAAACUGCACCACAGCUUCAAUAUCUGAUGAUCAGCUGGCCUACCCUGAAAGUCCCGCAAGAUUUUCCGUUUGCUCUCAGAUUCUGUGCACAAAAGGAUUCUCGCAGGGACGCCAUUACUGGGAGGUGAAAUUGAGCUGCAGCAAUUUCUGUGCUAUUGGCAUUGCAUACAACAGCAUAGACCGUAAGGGCGCAUCAAGCAAGUUGGGCAGGAAUAAGGAAUCCUGGUGUGUUGAGUGGUUUAACGUGAGGGUUUCUGCUUGGCAUAACAACCAGGAGGUUGUCCUGCCCUCUAUCAGUCCAUCCCGUGUUGGGGUUUUCCUAGAUUGUGAAGAGAGCUCUGUGACAUUCUAUAACAUUGCAGACCGAGCCACCCCCAUCCACAAAUUUAAUUGCCAGUUUCAGGAGUCCAUCUACCCCGCUUUCUGGCUCUUUUCUAAUGGCAGUAAGAUAACUUUGUGUAAAUUGGCUGCCUGAGAUCAAGUUCUCACUUGGUAUGCCACACAACGAGUGAGAAGCCAAAUUAUGGCACAGGGCAAUAACAUUACCAGUCGAGAAGAAAUAAUAAUACAGUACAAUUUAUUAAGAUGGGGAGGAUAAGAAAUGAAGUGGGGUUUUUUUUUUUUUGGUAAUUAGAAAUUUACACCAAUCUUCUUUUACUUAACUGAGAUGUUGAUAAAUCAGGGGCAAAAUCGUGUGGGUGUGUCAAAGUUUUAUUUAUGUACUAUGACAGUAAAUGGAAAGACCUACAUCAGGUUAGGUUUCCAAGGUUUGUGUAGGGCAGGUAGAAAUCAAAAGUAUCCGUUGUUUAGUUGCUACGAUGUUCAGCUGAUGAAAUCUUUGGAAAUCACUUUUUUUUGUAUCCAUUUCACAGGCAGGUUUAGAAUUAAAGAAAAAAAAGCAGGUAAGGUGCUGGACAUCACUGCCAUGUUAGUGUAUAACAACCUUCAGUAGAAUGUAUGGCAUCCUAAAUAAGCUUUGGAUUUGGUGCCUGUUUGGAGAUGUUCAUGAAGAUGGGAAGUCUUAAUGAGUAGUGGAGGAUGGCUUCUAGAUCACAAGCUUUUGGACCCUAUUGUAUGAGGCCUUCUUAUAUAUUUCCAAACACUUAACAAUGUUUUCCUGUUAGCUUUAUUUGACCUGUAAAGUAUGGUGGUAGACAUUGUUUUCAAUAGCCAAGCAGGUUGGGAAACAUGCCUUGUAAUUCAGUCCUGGUAUUGUGGGCUGAGUUACAUGGUCAGGUUGGGGAGCAUGCACUGAUACAGCGUGUUGCUGCUGAGUGACAUGCUGUACAAGAUUUUCCUAAUUUUAUUAUAUGAGUUAUGUUUGUAGUUUUGUUUCAUCUUACAAAAGGCAUUGCAAUACUCUAUUUCAGAAGCUAUAAAGCAAAAUGCCUUGACUGGUCAAGUGUAGAUGCAGAUCAAAUGCAGGAACCAAAUUCUAUGGGGUCAGAUACGAAAGACAAUCAAAAAUAAACAGGGUUUGUGUUUUUAGAUUUGAAUGUUGAGGGAAAAGGAUCUAAAAUUUGAUAAAGAAAAUUCCCUUUUGUCUGGUGUGACUUGUCAGUCUCCUUCUUAAAGAUAAUUUGAGGCCAGGAGGUCUGCAAUGUUUCUGUUCCAGCAGUUGUCUUAAGGUCUUUACCAUUUGUGGCGUGUAGCAGGAGUGGGCAUCAUGGUUGACUUGAUAUCACCAUGAUAUUACUUAAAAUUACUAGGAUUGGGUGGGAGCAUGAGAAUUGGAGGGUACCCUUUGAGUGAGACGGUAUGUGUCAUUUUUGUAUUGCGACAACAAUUUCAAAUAUUUCAUUGCAAAGUUCUGACCACAUUGGGAGAUGUAAAAGCGUUGAGAGGGUGGGCAUCAAAUGAACAAGAAAGAAUGGAUUUUAAUGGAAUGUCUUUUAUUUUUUUAUUUUCUCCUCCUCAGGACUUUUAUUUUGCACUAAUAUGACAGAGAGCCGUGCUACAUUUAGGAAACGUCCUAUAUUUGAACAUACUAUUUCAUUAAAGUUUCUGUGAAUGAUUUUUAAGAUAUCAAUACACAAAUAUUUCUAAAUCUUUUUCUCUUUUUUGUAAAUCACAAAUCUGAAUUUUGUACGCACAUAUGUGAGCAUGUUGACUCCACUCAAGGAAUGCUUUCAAAUAUCCUUGUAUAGUAAGAUAUAAUGCCAUAUAAACUGCAAGAACUUGCCCACAAUUCACCUGGUUAAAAUGGCAAGUAAAACCCAUUCACACAUUUAUUAAGUGCCCUCUUAUAGCAAUUUGGGGGCAAUCUGUUGCACUGGUUACGUUUGAGAACGACCGUGUAUUCUGCACAGAUCUCCUCUUAUUUGGACAUUGGGUUCUUUCAUUGUAGGGUAAACUGAUGAACUGAAAACAUGAAUGAUCGUUUUCAAGACCGCAGAGAUUUUUAACCAGCAAUACUUUGAGAUAGUGCCGGUCUGUCUGCAAAUUUUCUCUGAAAGCACCCAUACACAGAGAUAACUUGGACCUCCACUGGAACAGCCGAUUGUGUGUUGUGGAGCUUGAAGGUUGUGACACAGCUGUUGGCAGAGGUCCAGAUGGAUUGCUCUUGAUAGCCACUGAUCAUAAUUGAACCCUGAUAACUUGCUCUCUCUGUAUGUGCCAUUAAUAAUAAUUCUUUAUAUAGGGCUUUUCUUAUUACUCAGGGAGAGCCCUGGACACGAUCUCAUGAUCUCCUUACUGCAAAGCAGCAGCGAUACCAUUGAGCCACCUGUGUGGUUGGCAGAUUCCUUUAGUAGAACAAUUGCAACAAUGGCCUUUUACUCUUCAAAAAUUGGGGAGAAGCAAAAGGAGAUGGUAAAGGAUGAGGAACCAGCUGGUAUCACAUUUAAUAUGGCAAAGAAUGAAAAGGAGAAAAAUAGUCUAAUAAACCAAAAAAAGGGAGUAGUGAACAUUGCUCAUACAGUGGUGCCUCUUCGUAGGCAUUCCUUUGUCGAUCUCUCUCUCUCUCUGGAUCUAAAUUGGAUGCCGACUUUCAGCACUUAAUGCUGUUUAGAUAUCCCAUGAAGAGGUGUGGGACUUUCUGAGCCAUCGUAGAAGUGAAGUCAGCAGACUUCGUCAUCUGGUCUGCGGGUGAAAAGAAUGAUGCAGUUAGCUGCCACAUUUCCCCAGACACUGGUUUGUAAGUCCUUGCUUCAUGUUUGUUGCAUGGAUACUCCCAUUUCAUUCACCUAUGACUAGAUUUGUAGAUAUAUAUGUAAGUGAAGGUCUUUGAUAUGGUUUGCAUAUUUUUAGAUAGAAAUCCACAAAGGCAGAAAAUGAACCAUGUAUGCCUGGUUGACUUGGUAUAUGCAUAUAUCAGAGACUGUGGGUCCUUUCUUCUAACCGCGUUGCAGUGUUCUUGUACUCGCAACAGGUAUACAAGAACAUCGCAACCUAACCCCCCGGCUCCCUUCCUCAUUUGCUAUGUAUCAUCUUGGUUCCUGUAUGUCUAAUCGUUUUCCUCUGAUGAUGACACAUGAUAGGUGUUGAAAGCUCAGGAAUAAAUGACUGUUUUAAUGUACUGUACAUGAUUAAUUUUCUCCUAUUGUGGAUUUCUCUCUCUCUGUGUCUGUGUGUGUUUAUAUAUAAUCACACGUUCAGCUCUGCGGUUCUCCUCACGGGUUCCACUAGGACGUAAGGGGGUGCUGCCACUUCCACUCCUUUUCUCAUUUUCACCCCACAUCACUGAGAAACCACACAGUGAGAAUGGUAGUGUUGCCCCUUCUGGUCCGCCGUGAGAAAGGAGGCCCGACCGCACAGAAAGAGUUGUCUUUUGAAACUGGGCAGAUUGCUAGAUAGAGCUCAGAUUUUGAUGGCGAAUAAUGCCUACUUAAUUUUCCUUUUUGCGAUUUCGCCCAGAUGAGUUGUAUUCUAAGCCCUAAAGGCUUGUUGUUACUUUGAAGUCUCCAGCAUUAAAUGGCAAGACUCUGUUGGUGUCCUGACCAUUCUUCUGUUUCUUGCCCUGUCAUUAUGGCGCUCGACCACAAUAUAUAUUAUAUGAUGCUGGACUAUGAGAUGAUGCCUCAUCUUGACUGAUAUUUGAAAUAAUGACACGGCGAGUAUUUCUUUAUAAUCCACAUCAAAUUCAGUGUAACUUGUUUUGGACUUUUGCUGCUCAGUGUAUUGAUGCAUUCUUAUUUUGGUUGUCAGCUAUGUCUUUAAAUUACAAGGUUCUCACUCAUGUUAGCUGAAUGUAAAUUUUAUUUUUAUACUGCUUUCAUUUAAAUCUCGCAUCAUCAUGAUUAAGUCUUUGGGAUAGAAAAAAUACAGUGAGCUGGAAGCUACCAGUGCCCGCGUAUGACGAAAGGUUUCCACACUUGCUAUGGAUAUGUGCGUAUGUUAGAAUGUUUGCACAUCAGUUUCGGGUUUUACAAACGCCAGUUUGUAUGGCAGUUUUCACAUAUGAUGAUAUUCAUAGAUUUUGUUGAUACAGAAUCUCUUUAGCCAUAAGGGAGUGCAGAAUUAUUAGGCAAGUUGUAUUUUUGAGGAAUAAUUUUAUUAUUGAACAACAACCAUGUUCUCAAUGAACCCAAAAAACUCAUUAAUAUCAAAGCUGAAUAUUUUUGGAAGUAGGUUUUAGUUUGUUUUUAGUUUUAGCUAUUUUAGGGGGAUAUCUGUGUGUGCAGGUGACUAUUACUGUGCAUAAUUAUUAGGCAACUUAACAAAAAACAAAUAUAUACCCAUUUCAAUUAUUUAUUUUUACCAGCGAAACCAAUAUAACAUCUCCACAUUCACAGAUAUACAUUUCUGACAUUUAAAAACAAAACAAAAACAAAUCAGUGACCAAUAUAGCCACCUUUCUUUGCAAGGACACUCAAAAGCCUGCCAUCCAUGGAUUCUGUCAGUGUUUUGAUCUGUUCACCAUCAACAUUGCGUGCAGCAGCAACCACAGCCUCCCAGACACUGUUCAGAGAGGUGCACUGUUUUCCCUCCUUGUAAAUCUCACAUUUGAUGAUGGACCACAGGUUCUCAAUGGGGUUCAGAUCAGGUGAACAAGGAGGCCAUGUCAUUAGUUUUUCUUCUUUUAUACCCUUUCUUGCCAGCCACGCUGUGGAGUACUUGGACGCGUGUGAUGGAGCAUUGUCCUGCAUGAAAAUCAUGUUUUUCUUGAAGGAUGCAGACUUCUUCCUGUACCACUGCUUGAAGAAGGUGUCUUCCAGAAACUGGCAGUAGGACUGGGAGUUGAGCUUGACUCCAUCCUCAACCC